AUGAAGGACUCCACAGAAGCUCUUAACUCUAUAGCGUUCGCUGUGGAUACGACUUUGUCGCUGAUUCUACCGUCUUCUUUGGCUCCUCCAUCUGCUCCGCCAGCAACGUCUCUGUUUUUAAAGUCCAUCUGGUACGCAUUCUGGUGGUUAUGGCUGAUGGUAGUUUUCAAGAUCAUGAAUAUUAUAUUGCUUUAUAUUCCCAGCAAGAUCAUGAAUGCGCUUUCAAUCAACUUCGAGAUUACAUUGAACCUUCUGUCGAUUCUUGUCGCACUCCUGGCUAUCAUUACUGUCUGUUUUCUUGUGGUAAGAUACAAAUAUCUCACUGGUUAUUCCAAAGACACGAGUGACCGGAAAACAAAAGGCAAAGUCAACCCAUCAGCAUCCAACAUCAACUUGAAGAACCAGAGCCUAGACUAUGUAGACCAGAAGAAGGGCCACCGUAGAACGACAAACUAUUUGGACGAGUUCCUCUCUGCCAUCAAAGUUUUUGGCUACUUGGAAAAGUCGGUCUUCCACGAAUUAACCAAAAAUAUGACAACCCAAAAGUUGUCACAUGACGAGAUCCUCUACCUUGAUGAAAAGCUUGGAUUCUCCAUCGUUGUAGAAGGAGUAAUGCAGGUUUAUACUAGAAUCACCGAGAACUCCAAUGUAAGCGGCGGCUUUGAUCCGGACGACGACAACGAGCUCAACUACGAAAAGGACGAUGUGCUAAUAAUCGGAAAUCAACGCUACCAGUUACUAAAUGAAGUCAAAAGUGGUGCUCCCUUGAGUUCUUUGGUAAGUGUUCUAGACUUGUUGAAACCGGUAGAUAGUGAAGAUUCAACUUCAGAUAUGCUUCAUUCAUUUAAUAUUUCUGACGAUGACAACAUCUCCAAGAUUCCAGAGAUCUCACCCAUCUCUCUUCCAUUUCAAGGAAUUCAUGCCGGCGCGAAAGAUGAUUCAGUGCCUCCUUCUCCCAUCAUCAGGCCUUCUAAAACGAAGCAGCUCUAUCCAGAAAUAGUUGCCAGACCCAAAAGUCGGCCGCACAAAGAACACACCGGCCAUCAUCUUCAUCAUGUUCACCAUUCAGGUGCCACCAUUGCAAUCAUACCGUAUCUGGCUUUUCAGAGGGUACAAUCCAAGUAUCCGAAAGCCACCUCUCACAUCGUCACCAUGGUUCUAGCCAGAUUGUACAAGGUUACAUUCAACACUAUUCACGACUAUUUGGGUCUAACCAAAGAGAUCAUGGAGAGUGAGGUAAAAUUGAACACUACUAGUAGUGUCAGGGGUGCUAACUUGCCAGGAUACUUAUUUGAUGGUCUUCUUGAUAAGAUAUAUGGUGCCAACGGAAUUAAUGAAGCAAGCCUUUCCAGAAAGUCAGACUUCCAAAGAGCACUGUCUGUAAAUCUCAACAAACAGAAGACUACUUUAUGCGACGCUAAGUCUUCGAGGUAUGUUCUUCUAGAUUCCCGGUUGAAAUCGACUCACCCAGGAGACUUGUUGUCGUCUGUGCCAUUGUCUAGAAGAUCAGACUAUUACCAAACACACAGCCAUCCUCUUUCUGCAGACGAUCCUUUAGUUAGGUCUGCAUUCCCAAGUUCAAAGACAUUAUCAUCACUUUCAUCACCAACUUCCAACUUAAAGAGAGCCAGUUCAAACCUAAAAUUUGAGAAUAUUCGUGACAGAUCAUUCUCUGACGACCGUGAAGAAACGGAAGAAACGUCGCUCAGAAUAGCUGUUGUCGAGAGCAUCUUCAAAAUUUUGGGUAUUAGCGAGAAGAGCACAGCGAUGAGGAAUCUUUCCAGUUUCAAUUCAGGAAGGUCUUCUGUUUCUUCUUCAAUUGUAGGCUUGUCCAACCUUAUGAGCGCCGAUGACAAAUUCGAUACCAAUGCAGCACGGGUAAGGUUUGAUUCGUAUAAUGGAUUCUCUUCCACAGCCACUUCAAUCAGUAGAAGCUCCACACCCAUCAAAUUUUACAAUACCAUUAACCAAAACCAAUUGCACAACCAUCACAUGGGUGACUCUGUCAGUGGGAUCAACAUCUCCACAUUAAGUAGACAACAUCAAGCAAACCGAAACUCUUCUCCAACAGAGUUCAACUUUGCCAACGUCAAGAGUGACUUCGCCAAAUGUUUGGAAAUCAAAUCAUAUGGUCCAAAUACGACUAUCGUAGAACAGGGAUCGUUUAAUUCCGGCUUGUAUUAUGUCAUUGAUGGCUCAUUGGAUGUGUUGUAUCGUCCAAGUAACCAUGGUGAACCCAGUUCAAACCGUGAAGACAAUUUGAAAAAGCUCUAUUCAGUGAAGAGUGGAGGUGUAGCUGGCUAUUUAUCCUCUGUUGUAGGCUUUAGAUCGCUAGUGACAAUAAGAACUUCUAAGAAAAGAGGAGUUAUCGUUGCACAUAUAUCCAAGUCAGACUACUCCAAGCUAAUGGAUAGGUACUAUUUCUUGCAAUUGCCAGUUGCUACCAAGUUGAAGAAGUUGUUAUCACCACAGAUUCUAACCAUUGACUACGCCUUAGAAUGGUGUCAUAUUCCUGCUGGAGGCGUCUUGUGCUCACAGGGGGAUUUAGCCAAUGGAUUUCAUAUAGUACUUAGUGGCAGAUUCAGAGUGGUCAGAAACAAGAGUGACAGGUAUCAAGGUAACACUUCAGAUGAUGAUAUUCUUGGAUUUUCUGAUACUUCUAUGGAUUGUAGCCCCAGUAGUGACAUAAAUAACGAGGACCUUGAGGUGUUGGGUGAAUAUGGCCAUGGUGAAUCUAUUGGAGAAGUUGAGGUAUUGACAGCUUCUAGAAGAACCAACUCAUUGAUUGCAGUUAGGGAUUCAGAGACAGCCAGAAUUCCUAGAACUCUUUUUGAGAUGCUUUCAUUGCUGAAUCCUUCCAUUAUGGUGAAGGUUUCCAGAAUUGUAGCCAGUAAAGUUGUUUAUAAGGAUGUGCUUGACCAGUCGUCUCGCAAUUCUACACUCAUUCCAUCUUCCACAGCCUCUCAUAUCUCCAAUGACUACAAAACAAUUACAAUAUUGCCUACAGUAAGUGGCCUACCAGUCAGAGAGUUUGCUGAUAAGUUGGUUUCUGCAUUGAAAGCGAUUGGCAGGAAUGUCAUUGCUUUGGAUCAGGCUUCUACAUUGACCCACCUAGGCAGACAUGCCUUUGAUGAGCGUUUGGCACAGUUGAAAUUGUCUGGUUACUUUGCCUAUUUAGAAGAAGAGUAUGAAACCAUCGUCUAUAUCUGUGAUACGCCCUUGAAGUCAAACUGGACUUCCACGUGUAUUUCUCAGGGAGAUUGUAUCUUGUUACUUGCCGAUGCAGAGGACGAUGUAGUAGCCACUGGUAUUGGGGACUACGAGCGCUUGUUAAUUAACUUGAAAACGAUGGCUAGGACGGAUUUGUGCUUGCUUCACCCAGAGAAAUACGUUGAGCCUGGCUCCACAAGUAUCUGGUUGAAGAAUCGAAUUUGGGUCCAAGGUCACCAUCAUAUUGAAAUGGAAAUCAUCCGUAAAAAAGACGAAAAUUCUGUGAAAAAGAGACCAAAUAUUAUCAGUGAAUUGGCGUCUAAGAUAGGGAGCAAGACGAAUCCCAGUAUUAAGUCUACUCUUGAAGAUGUGAGACUUAAAGCAAUUUCUUCCUUUGUGAAGUUGAACACUAGUUUUGUACAUUCUGAUAGAUAUAAGGCUGUGCAACCACAUAAAAACGAUUUUCUUCGUUUGGCUAGAAUUCUCUCCAAUGAAGCUGUUGGAUUGGUUCUUGGUGGCGGUGGAUCUCGUGGAAUAUCCCAUGUUGGUAUAGUGACCGCAUUAGAAAGACAUGGCAUCCCUGUGGAUUUGAUAGGCGGAACUUCUAUAGGUUCCCUUGUAGGUGGGCUCUAUGCCAAAGACUACAACAUAGUGUCAAUCUAUGGUAGAGCAAAAAAGUUUUCUAAAAGAGUUGCUUCGUUGUGGAGGUCUGUAUUCGAUUUAACAUAUCCAGUAACGUCAUACAUCACUGGGUACGAGUUCAACAGAGGAAUUUGGAAAAUCUUUGGGUUUACGGAAAUUGAAGAUUUCUGGAUCAGAUAUUUUUGUAACACUACCAACAUCACCAACUCUACAAUGGAUAUCCAUGAAAGUGGUUAUCUGUGGAGAUUCAUUAGAGCAUCGAUGUCGUUAGCGGGUCUUUUACCUCCAAUUGCCUUUCAAGGUUGCAUGCUAUUGGAUGGCGGUUACUUGGAUAACUUGCCUGUCAGUGAGAUGAAGAAGAAAGGUGCCAAAUACAUCAUUGCGGUUGAUGUAGGCUCUGCUGAUGACAGAACACCCAUGAAUUAUGGUGAUACAUUGUCUGGAUUCUGGGUGUUAUUCAAUCGUUGGAACCCAUUUUCUAAGCAUCCUAAUGUUCCCAACAUGAUGGAUAUUCAAAUGAGAUUGGCCUAUGUAGCAAGUGUCAACGCAUUAGAGGCUGCGAAAAAGACCAAUGGGGUGAUUUACUUGAGACCUCCUAUUGAUAACUACGCCACGUUGGAUUUUGCCAAAUUCGACGAGAUUUACCAUGUCGGCUUAAAUUACGCAGACAAACUCUUUUCUAGCUGGUCUAAGAAUGGCAAACUUCCAGCAAUAGCAGGCAUGGUGGAUAAGGCGAAGAUCAAAAGUGGAGAUGACAAGAAAGUGUUAUACAGACGGAACUCUAUCUGA